GGCGGGAGCGGCGGCGCCCGCGGCCCCGAGGGGGGUGGGGGGAGCGCGGAAAGCGGGGCGCGGAGGAGCACCCGGCCCCCAGCGCGGCCCGAGGAGCGGCGCAGCAGCAGCAGCCCCCGCGCGGCGCGGCGCGGCCGACACGCGGGGCCCGCCCGCACCUCGGCUUCUCCUCCGCUCGCCGCCCGAGUCGGGACGCGCCAUGUCCGGGGCCGGGUAGCCCCGCCGCCCGCUGGCCCGCCCGCCGCCCGCGCUCCGAGCCCCCUGCCCGCGGGCCGGCCGGCCGGGAGUCGCGGGGCCGGCAGAUGCAGUGAGUGAGGGGGGGGCCAUGGCGGAGGAGCGGCCCCCCCGGCUCGUGGACUACUUUGUGAUAGCCGGGCUUGCGAGAGACGGUGCUCCCAUCCCCGAGGAGACCUGGCUGCCAGAACCUGGCGGGCCACAGCGCCCACCGCGGCCCGCCGAGCCUAUCACGGAUGUGGCCAUUGUGGCCAGGGCGCUGGGCGAGGAGGUGCCCCAGGGCUACACAUGCAUCCAGACAUCAUUCGGGGGCCACCCCUUGGAGCUCAGCGCAGGGCUCCUGGGAGGGAAUCAUCCUGUGAUUUGCUACCGCAGGGGCCGGGAUCGGCCACCCCUCGUGGAGCUGGGGGUAUUGUAUGAUGGGAAGGAACGCCCCAAGACUGGCUUCCAAGUGCUGUACACGACGCCCUAUAGCCACUCCGCCAACCUGGCCCCUCCAGGCCCAGGCCACCCCCGCACCUACCUCACCUACCGACGGGCAGCAGAUGGGGCAGGCCUGCACGCUCUGGGCAUCACUGACCUCUGCCUUGUGCUGCCCAGCAAGGGUGAGGGCACCCCUCAUACGUACUGCCGCCUGCCCCGCAACCUCAACCCUGGCAUGUGGGGCCCAGCUGUGUACCUGUGCUACAAGGUGGGACUGGCCAAGGCCAACACCCUGGUGUACGAGGCAGAGCUGCUGGGCCGCUACCCGGAAGAGGACAAUGAGGCGUUCCCGCUGCCAGAGUCGGUGCCCGUCUUCUGCCUGCCCAUGGGGGCCACCAUUGAAUGCUGGCCUGCCCACACCAAGUACCCAGUGCCCGUCUUCUCCACUUUUGUGCUCACGGGUGCUGCCGGUGAUAAGGUGUAUGGGGCCGCCCUGCAGUUCUACGAGGCCUUCCCCCGGUCCCGGCUGUCAGAGCGGCAGGCGAGGGCCCUGGGCCUGCUGAGCGCCGUGGAGCGGGCCAGGCCCCUAGAGGGCCGGGCGGUUCGCAGCCGCCGUGCCAUCGCCGUGCUGUCCCGCUGGCCUGCCUUCCCCGCCUUCCGGGCUUUCCUCACCUUCCUCUACCGCUACUCAGUGUCCGGCCCCCACCGCCUGCCCUUGGAAGCGCACAUCUCCCACUUCAUCCACAACGUGCCCUUCCCCUCCCCGCAGAGACCUCGCAUCCUGGUGCAGAUGUCUCCCUAUGACAACCUACUGCUCUGCCAGCCUGUGUCCUCGCCCCUGCCCCUGAGCGGCGCCAGCUUCUUGCAGCUGCUGCAGAGCCUGGGCCCGGAGCUGGCCAUCACGCUGCUGCUGGCCGUGCUCACUGAGCAAAAGCUGCUGGUGCAUUCACUGAGGCCCGAUCUCCUCACCAGCGUGUGCGAGGCCCUGGUGUCCAUGACCUUCCCACUGCACUGGCAGUGCCCCUACAUCCCACUGUGCCCGCUGGUGCUGGCCGACGUGCUGAGCGCCCCAGUACCUUUCAUCGUGGGCAUCCACUCCAGCUACUUUGACCUGCACGACCCACCCACUGAUGUCAUCUGUGUUGACCUGGACACCAACACACUCUUCCAGACUGAGGAGAAGAAGCUCCUUUCGCCUCGGUCCCUCCCCCGCCGGCCCUACAAAGUCCUGCUGGCCACGCUGAGCAGCCUGUACCAGCAGCUGGAUCAGACCUAUACUGGCCCCGAGGAGGAGGCCUCCCUGGAGUUCCUGCUCACCGACUACGAGGCUGUGUGCGGCCGCCGGGCCCGGCUGGAGCGGGAGGUCCAGGGCGCCUUCCUGCGCUUCAUGGCCUGUCUGCUCAAAGGCUACCGGGUCUUCCUGCGCCCGCUCACCCAGGCCCCUUCUGAGGGGGCUCGUGACGUUGACAACCUCUUCUUCCUGCAGGACUUCCUUAAGUCCCGGGAGCGCUCCAGCCACAAGUUGUACUCGCAGCUGCUGCGUACACAGAUGUUCUCCCAGUUCAUCGAGGAGUGCUCCUUCGGCUCUGUGCGCCACGCGGCCCUCGAGUUCUUUGACUCCUGUGUCGAAAAGGUGCACCCGGAGCAGGAGAAGCCGGAGCCGACCCCGCUGGUGGAGCUGGAGGAGCUGUCGGGAAGCGAACUGACGGUCUUCAUCACUCCGCCUGAGGAGCCCACAGUGCCCGAGGGCAGUGAGGCUGCCCCCCAGUACUGCUACGAUGGCUUUCCCGAGCUGCGGGCUGAGCUGUUCGAGUCUCCCCAGGAGCAGCAAGGGGCCCUGCCUGUGCCCGGCCCAUCCCGCAGUGCCCCCAGCAGCCCAGCUCCCCGCCGCACGAAGCAGGAGAUGAAGGUGGCGCAGCGCAUGGCCCAGAAGUCGGCUGCAGUGCCAGAGCUGUGGGCCCGCUACCUGCUGGGCCACUGCUACGGGCUGUGGUUCCUGUGUCUGCCGGCCUACGUGCGGGUGGCGCCUUCCCGCGUGCGGGCCCUUCACACGGCCUACCAAGUGCUGCGCCAGAUGGAGAGCCGCAAGGUGGUGCUGCCUGAUGAGGUGUGCUACCGGGUGCUCAUGCAGUUGUGUUCGCACUACGGGCAGCCAGUACUCUCGGUGAGGGUCAUGCUGGAGAUGCGGCAGGCGGGCAUUGUGCCCAAUACCAUCACCUACGGCUACUACAACAAGGCUGUUCUGGAGAGUAAGUGGCCAUCCGGGACCCCAGGUGGGCGCCUGCACUGGGCCAAGCUCCGGAACGUGGUUCUGGGCGCUGCCCAGUUCCGCCAGCCCUUGAGAGAGCGGCGGCGGCGGCAGCAGCAGCAGGCGGAGACACAAGCAGCGGGCAGCUCCCAGAAAGGGCCCCAGCAGGAGCGCCCCUCCCCUUCCCGCCCCCUCCAGCGCCAGACAACAUGGGCUGGCCGAAGCUUCCGGGACCCCGCCUCACCCACUGGGCGCCUGGUGAAGAGCGGCAGCCUGGGCAGUGCCCGGGGGGCGCAGCCCACUGUGGAGGCUGGCAUGGCCCACAUGAUCGAGGCUUUGGGGGUCCUGGAACCCCGGGGAUCACCGGUGCCCUGGCGGGAUGGCAGCCUCUCGGACCUCAGCUUGGCUGGAGAGGAGCCAGUGCCCGGAGGCAGCCCUCGUGGCUCAGGCUCGGCCCUCAGCGCUCAGUCCGUCGAGGCUCUGGAGGGGCCAAGCGGAAGGGUGUCCAGGGCUGCAGGGCAUCAGGACGAGGCCAGCACCCCCAGACGCAGCCUGGGGGCCCGCAUCCAGCAGCUGCUCACACCAUCCCGCCGCUCCCCCGCCUCGCGGGUCACCUCGGUUGAGCUCACCGCUGACCUGCUUCCCUCGGUCCGGCGUAGCCCCAUGGACAGCCUCCUGCGGCCCCGGGAGCGCCCUGGCUCCACGGCAUCCGAGAGUUCCACCUCUCUGGGCAGUGAGUGGGACCUCUCGGAAUCAUCCCUCAGCAGCCUGAGCCUCCGCCGCUCCUCAGAGCGCCUCAGUGACACCCCCGGAUCUCUGCAGCCCCCCUCCCUGGAAGUACUACUGUCCAGCUGCUCCCUGUGCCGGGCCUGUGACUCUCUGGUGUACGACGAGGAGAUCAUGGCUGGCUGGGCGCCCGACGACUCCAACCUCAACACCACCUGCCCCUUCUGUGCCCGUCCCUUCGUGCCCCUGCUCAGUGUGCAGACCCUCGACUCCCGGCCCAGUGUCCCCAGCCCUCAGCCCACUCCCAUGGGUGCCAGCAGCUGCGAAGAUGCACCUGUCCCUGGGGGCCCAGGCCCAGUGCUCAGUGAUCGCAGGCUCUGCCUUGCCCUGGACGAGCCCCAACUCUGUAACGGGCACGUGGGGGGAACCCCGCCCCGGCGGGUUGAGGUUGGGGCCUGGGCAUACCUGAGCCCCCUGGUGCUGCGGAAGGAACUGGAAUCGCUGGUGGAGAAUGAAGGCAGCGAGGUUCUGGCCAUGCCAGAACUGCCUGUUGCCCACCCUAUCAUCUUCUGGAACCUUCUGUGGUACUUCCAGCGGCUAAGCCUGCCCAACAUCCUGCCCUGCCUGGUGCUGGCAUCCUUUGACGGACCCCCCGCCCCCCAGACUCCGGCUUCUUGGUUGACCUGGGAUCCCGCCUCUGUGCGGGUGCGGCUGCUGUGGGACGUCCUGAGUCCGGACCCCAAUAGCUGCCCGCCUCUCUACGUGCUCUGGCGGGCCCACAGUCAGAUCCCGCAGCGGGUGGUGUGGUCAGGCCCAGUGCCUGCAUCUCUCAGCCUGGCCCUGCUCGAGUCUGUGCUGCGCCACGUGGGGCUCAACGAGGUGCACAAGGCCGUGGGGCUCCUGCUGGACACCCUGGGGCCCCCGCCCGCCGGCCUGCAUCUGCAGAGGGGCAUCUACCGUGAGAUCCUGUUUCUGACGAUGGCAGCUCUGGGCAAGGACCAUGUGGACAUAGGGGCCUUCGAUAAGAAGUACAAAUCUGCCUUCCACAAGCUGGCUAACAGCAUGGGCAAGGAGGAGCUGCGGCAGCGACGGGCACAGAUGCCCACUCCCAAGGCCAUCGAUUGCCGGAAAUGCUUUGGAGCGCCUCUGGAAUGCUAAGAACCCCCAAACUGCCUCCUCCUUCCCAGGGUUGGGGAGGAGGUGAAGGAGAAGGGGCUCAAGGAAAACAGCCUCCCGGAUCCUUUCAGAGGCCCAGGACUAGGCUGGGAAGCUUGCUCAGCCGGCCGGAAGUUGACUCCGAGUGGGGCAGUGGAAAGGGGCCUUGCUGUCACCAAAAGUCAUGACUCCCUGAGCUCCACCGGGCGCCAAGGUCAGGGGAGCUGGCACAGCUCUACGCUUCCCCGCCCGAUGCCAGGAUCUCCCUUCCAGGGUGCCCACAGAUGCGCACUGCCCUGGUCAUAUUUUAAGUUUUUGUUUUAAAAAACAACUGGAAAGUUACAGAGCUACUGAGCCUUUACCCAGAAUGGGAGGGAGGGAGGGACAGGACAUCAUUUCCCACCAAAGAUGGGCCCUCUUCCCUGGCAGUGCUGAGGGAGUGCUGGGCCCUCCAUGCCUUCCUGAGUGUAUUAUAUUUUAAGUUAUUUAUUCUGGAGCCACAUCCCCUUGCUUAUGGAUGGUGAGAGAAGCAGGGAUCUGCGGGGCGCCAGGUCUGGUAGUAACUGGAAUCGGAACUCCUUGAAAGACAGGAGUGGGAGGGAGAGGAGACCUGAGCUCCCCUGAGGCUGAGUCGUCGGUGCCCCCAGAGUCCUGGUUUACCCAUCCAGCGCCACCAACCCGGGGCCCUGACUUGUGCAAUAAGGAUUGUCCCUUGCAAGGUUUUGUUGGAUGUAAAUAGAGUAAAAGCUGCUUAUGUCUUUUUC